ACACGUUGCUCUUGCGCCUUGGUGGCGGCAGAGACAUUGUGGUUGGCUCUGCAGGGAAGGACUGCGCUUCUGACUAGACCGCGUAUGUUUUACAGUUGCAUGUUUUUAUAGUACUAAGUGCGUGCACGGAAAAACAAAUUAUCAUGAGCAGUAACCUCACGUGCAUCCAGCAGCAAGCUCACCUCUCCCGUUGUCAUUGUAUGCGGCAAUGAGUGCGUAACGCGCCUACAGGAUAGAAGGUGCCCCUAGUAUUUUAUGGAUGUACACUGAACCUUGUUUUUAACAUCUGAAAAAUGUUUGGACUUGGAGAAACCAGAUCUCCGGAUGCUCCACCAGUAAAGACAUAUCAGUGUGUGGCUUGCUCAGUAACAUUUCAUGGUUUGGCAUCCUUGCUAGUGCAUCAAGCAAGUCAUGCCAGCGAAUAUUCAAAUCCACCACCACCCCCUUCAUGCUCCAGCUGUGGAACUGUGUUUGGUAGCAGGGACCUCUUAAAACGGCAUGUGUGUGCGUCCAUCUUUCCGUCCAUGGCCCCAGAAUUUUACAAAUGUGAUUGUGGAGAGAAGUGUACAGAUUUCAACCAUUUUCAGGCGCAUAAAAAAUCCCACCAAGGAGGAUCAGGCCAGAGUCACUCUGAGACACACCAGUCAGGUGUAAGUCCACAGGGCUUGAAAGAGGAAUCCUCUGCAACGGCUGUGACCAGCUAUCCUGUCCCACAUUCCUUAGCCAGCACUGAUGUCAGCUUGACAUCUAGCUCUUUAAACAUGCCACCCAACAGCUGUGAUUCUAAUGGGAUUUCUAUAAUGAACUUAAACGAGGACUUGGCCACAGACAACAGAAUUCCCAAACAGAAUUCCAAUCUAUUUGAACAACUAGAGCAAGCGUUAGACCCUGCGAAGCUUGAUUUGCCAUUGGCCAACAUGGAGAUGCCGAAUAAUAUUUCCCCUGAUGCUGAGGUUGAUGAAUUUGCACAAGUCUUGAAGAAUUCUGUCACCCACAGUGAGAACACUGAGGUUCUUCAGAAUCAAAAUCAAGAUGUGAAACCAGCCCCCAAUAAAGUAGUAAUGAAAAUAUUGGCCAACGCAUACAUGAACAUUAACAAGCCACCUGAGCUUAAACUGGGCUCGGACAAAUUAGAGGGAUCUUCCAGUGAUGUGGGAACACCAGACGGGUCAGAUAUGACGUCAUCCCCCAAGAGACAGUUAAGACCCUCCGUAAGAAGGCCUUUCCACACUUUUCCGCGCAUGGUGUAUAGUAAGCAUUCACCCAAGAAACCAACUGUAUCUGUGGCUAGGAGGUAUUGUCCUGUGGUUCUUCUUGAGACUCGGCAAAGGUUUGUUGCCAGUGAUAAAGACAUUGAAGGAAAUUACCAGUGUGGUCAAUGCAAACGCAUUUUCAGUGACGUAGACAAGCUCAUUCUGCAUCAUGCCUUGCACAGAAAAGAAAGGCUGAAAUCCUGUCGCCGUUGCAAGCAGCUCUUCAUAAGUUCAUCUGGUGCUGAAAACCACACCUGCUCCAGAGCACCUGUCAAGGACCUCUUCAGCAAGGGGAAGGAAUCACCAAGCUUUCCUAAACUGUUCCUUAAAGCUGCUCAACCAUCUCGGUUUCACUGUCCUCUGUGCAAUCGCAGUUAUACACGCUUCUAUUCUCUCAAAAAGCAUAACUGUCGGUUUAUUUCCUCCUUGACAGACUCUGCUCAAGAUCCUUUUGGUGCUGUGGAGAAUGAUUGCCCAGACAUGGAAGUUAAUGGAAGUGAUGUGGACCCACUCAAGUACAUGAGUGUUGGCACAGGUGGUCAGCCUCAAGUGAAGAAAGAGAUGUUAAAUGCAGAGUCUGUCGAUGUGGACAAACAUCAAACAGAACCAAAUAAUGAAAAUUGUUUUGAGGUUUUGCAAGAUCCUUUUGAGGAUGGAAAUGAUUCUGAUUCUCCUAAAGAGUCUUUCAGUCCACAUUCUGCUGAGUCUACAACAUCCGAGCCAAAAGAGAUAGUCUUAGUAGAUGACAUUGUGCCUACUGACACAGUUGAUCAUGUUGGAACAGAACAUCCAGAUGAUGAUGAUGAUGAUGACGGUAUAUGCAUUGAAGACCAGGGAGAGGAGAGGGAAGCAAUCUCUGCAGUGGAGGAGGCUGAAAUUGAUGUGUUAAUUGAGGCAGAUGAAGAUGAUCACAAAAAUAAUGUGUUACAUCAGAUGUUGGUUGAAGGCAGUGCAGUUUCAAAAGCACAAAAUAAGGACAUUCCAAGUGCUCUUUCUAAUGCGCAUGUCAAGCGUUUCACUUGUGGACGCUGUCACAAGUCAUUUACUCGCAACUACGGUCUGACUAAACAUUUAAAGAUUUGUGCUGUUGGGAGAAUAAGGCAUAAGACACAAGUCUUUGAAUCUAAGAAAGUCUUUGAUUGCAGCCAGUGUGGCAAGACAUUUAGUCAUAUGGACAGUUUGAAAAUUCACAAGAGAAGUUGUCCUACUGGAAUGAGAAUGCAGAAUGAACCAUCAGGGUCGUAUAAUACAGCCAGCCAAGAGAAUGUUUUUGUCCUGCCACCACUAACUGAGAAUCCAUCCAAAAGGCAAGAGCCUACCGUUGAAAACAGUGACAGAAACUGGGGAAUUAUGUCACUGCCAUCUGUCCUUCCAAGGAGAGUGACUUGUGAGUGUGGAUCGGCCUUCACGUGUCCCAGACGUCUUUUUGAGCACUUGCAAAUGCAUGCCCAGGAGUCUUAUAUUUGCCCCCACUGUGGAGAAAACCUGCAGUCAUGGAUGAAGUAUGAGGCUCAUCUGAGGUCACAUGUGCAAUACCGACAGCAAUCAGCUCCUGAGGAGCAGUCACAGCCGUACAAUGCUGCAUCUUUCCGGCAACAGCAGUCUUUCGUCCUAAGUCCACAGCAGCCGUCCACUGCACAGCUAAGCAGCCAGCAGCCAUCGACCCCAGCACCUUCUAGCUGCCCUAAAUGUUUCAAGACUUUUAAGACACGGCGUUCUUUACUGAGGCACCUGAGGUUGAGUUGCUAUGGUGAAGCAUCUGCACCCAAGGGGUAUGCAUGCUCUCGCUGUGGGAUGUCCUUCCUUUCAACUUACACACUAGACCUGCACAUGCAGAGUAACACAUGUACACCUUCCGUCAAACCAAUGCGCUGUCCUGUGUGUAUACGUUGGUUCACCUCUGUGGAGGGGCUUAAAAGGCAUCUUAUCACUCAUAGCCAGGACAAAGUGUUCAGUUGUCGCUUGUGCCCGCGAGGUUUCCAAAAGCCAGAAGAUUUGGAAGUUCACAAAAAGAUGGCACAUGGUGUUGUACAAGAAGAGCAGGAGUUGCAAAGUGUUGAAUCCAGGGAGGAAAUAACCAUAACCAGUAACAAUAAACUUUUUAAAUUCUUCCGCUGCAAUAUGUGUCCUCGAAUGUACCACAGCAUGAGGUCUCUGAAAGACCACCGGAAGAAAGUCCAUAGCUUACUUGGAGGAGGCAAUGUAGCACAAACUAGUGAGACUUUGGGAGUACAAAACAGCCAGAUGAAUUUCUUCCGCUGUCAGCUUUGCCAGAGAACCUACCAUACACUAAAGUCACUGAAAAAUCACAGGAGGAGAGUCCACCACAUACUUGCAGGAAGUCAUGUUCCACAAAGAGCUGAUCCUUUAGGAGCUGUGCAAAGCAGCUCAUCUAACAUCUUUCGAUGUCAGAUUUGCCAUCGUGCCUAUCCUACUCAAAAGGCAUGGAGAAAUCACAGAAGAAGAGUUCAUCGCAUUCUUGGGGGAGGACCAGAGAUGCAAACAGGUGAAUCUUUCAGGCUAAUGCACAGCCAGGCACCUGCUUUCACCUGUCAAUCCUGCCGAAGAACCUACCCAACUCUGCAAUCUCUGAGAGACCACAGAAGGAAGGUUCAUCACAUGCCGGGAGGGAUGCUUGACUCUCAGAUAAGUAAUGCUGUGGAUGCUGCGCACAACAGCCAGCCCAUGGUCUUCAGUUGCCAUAUCUGUGAUCGAAGCUACAGCAAGCUGCAGUCAUUAAAAGACCACAGACGGAAGGUCCAUCGCAUACCUGGGGGUCAGAUUGAUGUCAUAAAGGUAGAAUAGAUCAUGUGAGCGUUUGAACUUCUAUCCAAUCGGCAGUGUGAUGACAACCUGUCCAUUGUGUCUGUUUUCACCGCAACUUGCUUGUUUGUCAAAUUCUUCUAUCAAACUUUGCCAGGUGCACACACUGAUCUGACACUUAAUAACAAGUCCUAUUAAUCAGGCCUCAGAAGACCUCAAAACUACUCUGAAAUACUAAAGUGUUUCAUCCCUGAUUAUUAUGAAGUACAAACAUCCAGUUCAGUGCAAAGAAAACCUACUUUUGAUAUGUUCUGAGGACUUUUCAUUGUUCAUGACACAACCCAAAGCACCUGAACAAUAACUUUUCACUAAUAACCUUUUAAAAACGAUUUUACUGAAGGACUGUUCAUUAGAAUGAGAGUUGUGGAAAGGUUGAUGACCUAGAGCAGUAAUUCUUAGGGUUCUGUAAUCUGUAUAUUAUGUGAUUUAAAUAUUUUUUUUGAAAAAAAAAAAAAAUCUAGAAAGUAGUUCCUUAUGUACAUUAAUGUUCAACUGCAAGCAUCUGCUGUUAAUGUUUUGCCAGAAUUGGUGAUUUAACAUAAUCUACCAUUUUGUGUGCCAAUUUUGUUAGUGUAAAAUCUUCUGUAUCGGUCACAUUUAACCAGAUAUUCUAUGUAAAUGCAAUGUAAACUUUUUGUAUUUGUAUCAUUAAUAAUUCUGUGGAAUUACGCCGUUUAUUAGAAGAUUUGUAUCCAAUCUUGUUCAUGUUCAAGAGAACACAAAAAAGAAAACAAGCAAAGACAAUAAAAUACAUACUCUUCUCA